UUUCCUCACUGGGCCUGUAACAUUAGGGCUUGAUCUUGAGGCAGGCGCGUGAAGCGAAGCACAUCUCAGCUUGAGGUCUAUAGAUCCUCAUCUUCUUGCUUCUGUAUCUCAUUUCGAAUUAAGAUUUUGUUGCCAAAGUAAUAAAAAGAGGUUCUGUAUCAUUUUGAAUAAAUAAAAAUAAAAGCUCUCCUCAAAGUCAACCAAAUCAAUCAUUCCUUGGAGAGAGAGAGAGGUGUGCAACAUCGAACGAAAUGCCUAAGUGCUGAAUUCUCACUUUUCUCACCGUAAAUAAGUGCAAAAGUUGGUGAGCUUUUGGGACAUGUCUUGCUGAGGUUCUGAGUCUUUUCUGAAGGAUUCUUUUUCUUCCCUUAUCAUGGCAACUAAUGAAAAUCUUCCACCAAAUGUAAUAAAGCAACUGGCAAAGGAAUUGAAGAGUCUUGAUGAAUCCCCACCAGAAGGCAUUAAAGUUGGAGUAAAUGAUGAUGAUUUUUCAAUCAUUUAUGCAGACAUUGAAGGGCCAGCUGGGACUCCAUAUGAAAAUGGUGUUUUCCGUAUGAAGUUGUUACUGUCUCAUGAUUUUCCUCAAUCUCCUCCAAAAGGCUACUUUCUGACAAAGAUUUUUCAUCCAAAUAUUGCAACCAAUGGUGAAAUUUGUGUGAACACAUUGAAGAAGGAUUGGAAUCCGAGUCUUGGAUUACGACAUGUACUCAUUGUAGUUCGGUGUUUAUUGAUUGAACCAUUUCCAGAAUCAGCUCUAAACGAACAGGCUGGCAAGAUGCUGCUUGAAAAUUAUGACGAGUAUGCCAGGCAUGCUAGGCUUUAUACUGGAAUUCAUGCGAAGCCAAAACCGAAGUUCAAGUCAGGAGCUAUUUGUGAGUCAACUACGGCAUUGAAUGUCGACCAGUCUAACACCUCAGUUCUAAAUGUUGACAAGAAAGCUACAGUAAAUGGUGCUGCAUUACCAUUGCCAUCCCCACUGGCCAUCCCCACCACAGCGACAAAAGGAGGCAACAACCAGGAGCAGCAGUCUAUAGUUCCAAUAAUUGAAACAGGAGUGAGUGGAACUGCCCUUGUAGGAAUACCAGGCACUGGAGUUAAGAAGGAAGGAUCGACAAAAAUUCUAGCAGACAAGAAGAAAAUGGAUCCUAGAAAGAAAAGUCUGAAGAGAUUAUAAAAUCACAGGAUAAAAUAAUUAAAUGUGGUUUUGGAGUAUGUAACUGACUUUGUAGUUCCGGUUGGGAAAUCGGUUGCUUUUUGGUGUAAUGGAUGCUUCAAUUUGGGAAGGUGAUGGAUCAAAUUUGCAUGUUCACGUUGUUUUCCAUCUCAUAUGAUCAUAUUGUGGGGUUUGG